GUGUUUGGGGAGGGGUUGAUGACGCACUGAAAAAGAACGCUGCCAGUGGGCUCGCCCUGCAGUUCCUCCGUGUCCGUGUUCGUCUCCCCGCAGUCCGUGAUCGUCUCUGUCGCCGGCUCCGCUGUCUCUGCCUCCGUCUGUCCUCAGCUGAACUUCUAUCGACGCCAAAAUGUUUCUGGUGAAAGGAGUGAUCGGGAGCAUCAUCAAAUCUGUGACCGACGUCGACCCGUCUCAGUUCAUGCCAUCAGACCCUCCUCCUCCCCGCAGACCUCUGCAAUUCGCUGAGGCCAAUGAGAACGAAGAGGAGAAACAGUUUCGGAGGGUUUUCCAACAGCUGGCUGGAGAUGACAUGGAGGUGAGCCCCAAUGAACUGAUGAACAUCUUGAAUAAAGUGGUCUGCAAACAUGGGAAGCUGAAGACCGACGGCUUCAGCAGUGAGUCCUGCAGGAGUAUGGUUGCUGUGAUGGAUAGUGACAGCACAGGAAAACUGGGCUUCCAUGAGUUCAAGUACCUCUGGAAUAACAUCAAGAGAUGGCAGGGCAUCUACGUUAACUAUGACGCCGAUCACUCAGGUGCGAUCAACGCUAAGGAGCUGCCUGGUGCCUUUAAGGCUGCAGGCUUCCCGCUGAAUGACCAGCUCUACAAUAUGAUUAUCCGUCGCUAUAGUGAUGAGAACGGCGAUAUGGACUUUGACAAUUUCAUUGGCUGCCUGGUGCGACUGGACGCCAUGUGCAGAGCGUUCAAGACGCUGGAUAAGGACAACAGCGGCACCAUCGAUUUGGACAUCAAGGAGUGGCUUCAGCUGACGAUGUAUUCGUGAGGCGAUGGAGGGAAGCCUCUCCACAGCUUCUGUUCUCACCUCUCACACCUCGCACCUUCUCCUUCCUCUCACUCAACCCGCGAUGCGCAGUUAUCGUCUUCAUCUCUGUAACGGGACCAAAACGCUGGCACUGAGCAGACACGAAGGGAAAGCUCGUGCUGCCGUUGCACUCUCCGGUGCUGCGGCAUCUCUGUGUUAAAGAUUUCUAUUCUUUUGUCUCUUAAUGAAUUUUUAUUAGGCUGAAAGUUUGAUGAAACUGCCUCUGAAUGUUUGAAAGAAUAAACUGACACAGCUGACGCUA